AUGUCCGGCCCGCGCCCCGCGCCCUGCGCCAACGCCUCCUCCUCCUCGCCCUCCUCGCCGGAGCUCAACGGGACGCGCGAGGCGCUCCUCGGCGCUCCCGCCGACUACGACGACGAGGAGUUCGUGCGCUACCUCUGGAGGGAGUACCUGCACCCCAAGGAGUACGAGUGGGCGCUCAUCGCCGGCUACAUCGUCGUCUUCAUCGUGGCGCUCGUCGGCAACGUCCUGGUUUGCAUUGCAGUGUGGAAGAAUCAUCACAUGAGGACAGUUACCAACUAUUUCAUAGUAAAUCUCUCUCUAGCUGACAUUCUGGUCACGAUUACCUGUCUUCCAGCGACGUUAGUAGUGGACAUCACAGAAACUUGGUUCUUUGGGCAGCCACUCUGCAAAGUGAUUCCCUACUUGCAGACAGUUUCGGUCUCUGUAUCUGUCCUAACACUGAGCUGCAUUGCUUUGGAUCGAUGGUAUGCAAUUUGUCACCCUUUGAUGUUUAAAAGCACAGCCAAGCGGGCAAGGAACAGCAUUAUAAUUAUCUGGAUUGUGUCCUGCAUCAUAAUGAUUCCWCAGGCUAUUGUUAUGGAGUGCAGCAGUGUGUUCCCAGGACUAGCCAAUAAAACCACCUUAUUCACAGUAUGUGACGAGCACUGGGGAGCUGAGGUUUAUCCCAAAAUGUAUCACACGUGUUUUUUUCUGGUGACAUACAUGGCCCCACUGUGUCUUAUGGUAUUGGCCUAUUUGCAAAUAUUUCGAAAGCUGUGGUGUCGCCAGAUACCAGGAACUUCUUCCGUUGUUCAGAAAAAAUGGAAACCUCUGCAAUCCUCCGCACUGCCCCGAGGGACGGGACAAUCAACAAAAUCAAAGAUCAGUGCUGUGGCAGCUGAAAUAAAACAGAUUCGUGCGAGAAGGAAAACAGCCCGUAUGCUAAUGGUUGUCCUCCUGGUUUUUGCACUUUGUUAUUUACCAAUUAGCAUCCUCAAUGUCUUAAAAAGGGUUUUUGGGAUGUUUAAUCAUGCUGAUGACAGAGAAACUGUAUAUGCCUGGUUCACAUUCUCACACUGGCUUGUAUAUGCAAACAGUGCAGCCAAUCCUAUUAUUUAUAACUUCCUCAGUGGGAAAUUCAGAGAAGAAUUUAAAGCAGCAUUUUCUUGUUGCUUCUUUGGCAUUCGCCACAACCAAGACGACCGGCUUACCAGGGGUCGUGCCAGUACAGAGAGCCGAAAAUCCUUGACCACCCAGAUCAGCAAUUUUGAUAAUGCUUCAAAACUUUCAGAACAUGUUGUGUUGACCAACAUAAACACAAUUCCAACAAAUGGUAUCACAGCUACUCUGAGCCCAUUGAAAUCAGUGGAACUUCAUCUCCACAUACCAGGGAUGAGUAUGACUUCAAGCUUAGAUGAAGCAGUAAGAGUUUCUGCAGAAGACACUGGCACAGCGGAGAAUGCAAAGUGGGACAAAUUAAUCCCUAGCAAAAAUAAACUUACCUCAAUGGAAUUACAGCAAGGCUGACUUUGGAUAAAUACCGUUAAGACCACCUGAAAAUGGCACAGUAUUAGCUCUGUUGCAGACAAGGACAACAGGACAAAAAGAUUCAAUGACUGCCUCUUCUUUUUCUUCUCAGUCUUAUGGAAACCUACUUACCUCAGUAUGAGCUAAAGAACACGUCUUUACAAGUCUUUUUAAAGAUUGGAUUGUACCAUACUUUGUAAAUAUUGUAGAUAUAUAUUUUUAUACCUUUUAGAUGCUGUGGAAUGUUCUAAGUUGUAUCAUAUAGAGAACUAUAAGUAUUUGAAAGCAGUCUCAAACAUCAUCUAUUUAUAUCCUGUUUGUAUUAAUAAGCAACUUAUUUGCAACGAAUGCUUACUUAYGCACUAGUGAUAUUCUGGAAUUAUUUUGCACUUCUUUUUCUGCUACUUGCAGUAAAUUUAGUGUUUCUUAUGGAAGUUUCCUUUCAGAUUGAUUUUAUAAUAUUCCAGGUUACUUUACUAAGUACAGACAUGACUCUUAGAUUUUUGAACUCAAUUUGCUGCAAGUCACACAUGUUUUCGGAAUAUUAUACUAAAUUCCCUUUUUUUUUUUCUUUCAGACUGGAGUGCCUAAAAACUAUCUGCUUAAGUAAAACCUAUGUGAUACUCAAAGGUGCUAUAAGCUCAGAAUUCCUACUCAGGCCAAUAGGAAUAAUAAUUGUCAGCACCCCUGAAGAACAGGACACUAAGUUUGGUGGCUCAUUUUAGUCCAUCAUGUUCACAAGUGUUCUAGAAGAUCUCUGAGUAUUUUUAAAAUAGACAUUAGUUAUCUUGCGUUUUCUAUCUCAAAUGUCAUUUAAUAGYAGUGAUCCAAAAAAUUAACAGAUUUGUUUGCCAAGAUAAUAUUGAAUUUUCCACAAAAUAAUAAAAUGUUUCUCUCUGGAAAUGUGAAGAAGAUAUUUCAUUGGGUUGCUAGAUUAAGUGCUCACAUAUC